UUCUUUUAACCGAAAUGCUUUCGUCAUGAUCAAUCCCUUUGUCUGAAGGACAUAGCGAAUGACAAAAGACAAAAAUCUAAGGCUAUACAAAUUUUUACCACGAAUGAGUAUGAACAAAAUUAGCAAGGUCCGGAAUCGAAGUCGACCGUGUCAAAUCUCCGCCGCGUUAAGCAAUUCAUUACCUGUACCUUUUCAAAUAUGAGGCAAAAUUUCAUAUUUAUGCAAAUAUUUCUCAUUGUGCAUCACCUCUCACCAACUAUCUGCCGUUCUCUAUGCUCCCACACCCUUUACAUAAACUUGAAAACUUUUGAAGUUACUACUAAUUUAUUCUAGAAGAUAUUUCAUUAGUAAUGAUGUGCAUUUGCUAUAAAUAGUUUGCAUUCAAAGGUCCGGUUAUCCUUUCAAAUUUAAGAAUUCGCCAAAAAUUAUGGCCAACGCACCAUCCAGUACUGUCCAGUUGGAAGCAGGCAUUACAACGCUACGCCGAGCAGCAGAGACGAUGGAUAAGCCAGCAGUACGCACCGUACAAGCAACCAAAUAUCUUUUCAAAGGUUUUCGCGUGCUGGGCAUUUACAUGCCUGAACGUCGUAAAUGGCUUUACUUACUAUACUCACUCAUACCGAAUACUCUGGUCACUAUUUGGUUGCCGCUAUCGUUCGUCUUCAGUUAUGCUACCAUGUCCACUGAAGAUUUGGUGCCAAGCAGCUUGCUCACGUCCAUUCAAGUGGCCAUAAACGUGAUUGGCUGUUCGGUAAAAAUAGUGGUCAUGGCUUUUCUGCUGCCAAAAUUGCGCACCGCAAACGUUUAUAUGAAUCGUUUGGAUGCGCGCUGUUGCGUUGAAGAAGAAAUCGCUGAGCUGCGAAAAAUUGUACAACAGGGUAAUCGUUUCGUUGUACUCUUCGCCAUGUCAUACUGGAGUUAUGCGUCGAGCACGUUCCUCGGCUCGGUAAUUUUUGGACGACCGCCUUAUGCUUUGUACAAUCCCAUUAUUGACUGGCGCAAGUCAAAGCUGGCGUUCAUAACAGCAUCGCUCAUGGAAUUCGCACUCAUGGAUGUCGCCUGCUUUCAACAGGUUGUAGACGACUCUUAUGCCGUAAUUUAUGUAUGCAUACUGCGUACGCAUAUGCGUAUUUUAUUGAUGCGCCUCAAAAGGUUGGCCACCAGUGCCGAAACGAUUUUGGAGGAAAAUUUGGAAGAAUUGAAGCUUUGUAUAAUUGAUCAUAAGAACCUGUUAGGGCUCUACGACGUUGUUGCGCCCAUAAUUUCCGUUACAAUCUUUAUACAAUUCAUGAUCACCGCUAGCAUACUGAGCGCCACGCUCAUCAACAUCUUCAUAUUCGCCGAUCAGCUGUCGGCGCAAAUCGCAUGCUGUUUCUACAUACUGGCGGUAGUUGUUGAGAUAUUUCCGCUAUGCUACUAUGCGCAGUGUCUCAUGGACGACAGCGAACGCCUGUCGCAACAGAUAUUUCACUCCAAUUGGAUUGCACAGGAUGUACGCUUUAGAAAAAUGCUGGUUUUCUUUAUGCAGCGCACGCAGCGUGUUAUGGAACUCAAUGCGGGCAAAAUAUUCCCAAUAACGCUGGGCAGUUUUCUUAAUAUCGCAAAGUUCUCUUUCUCAUUGUACACGCUGAUCAAGAAAAUGGGCAUAAGAGAGCGAUUGGGACUGGAGUAAAGCCGCCAAAGUAUUAAUUGUUGUAUGUAUAAUUUUAAAAACAACAAAUAAAAAUACUUUUAUUUAUCUAAUAUUAUUAUAGUUCGGCAUUUCGUCUUUCGCUGUGGGGUUUUAUAAUUUUUCAGGGCACUUUAGCAUUUAAAACCAGAAAACUCAUUACAGAUUGAAGCUAGAUUUUCAAAGCCUCCGGGUAUACAUAUAUUGCCAAACAGUGUUAACCAUUAA